CGGGAUCUUUUAUCAGCGAGGAUUCUGGUAGACGCUCUGGAAGGGACACGUACAUUCGGCUGAUGGGAGGGCGUUGGGUCUAUAUGACCUCUCUGUCACCAGGACGGUCAACCAGAAUACGCUAGGGGGUGCUCUCCGCCAAGGAUAGCCUGCGGAACAAGCACUAUUCCUGGUGGCAUGAUUAAUAGAAGGCACGCCGCUUCACCCUGGUCCGUCCAUACUGCUGCACAAUGUCAACCAUUGAUAGCGCGAUUUUUAUCUCAAGCCCGGGGUCCGAUCGAACCGCUCAAGUGCCCCUGCAGAAGCAUCGUGGCGACCAGGAAUUUGGUCAAGCCAUGGCGAUCUUGGUCGAAAAGUCGCUUGUAUCGAUUUUCAUAUGUUGGACGCCACAACUCCCUGUUGCCCGGAAGCAUGUGUCGGUAAUACCGUCCGCCGCUCGAUGCUCAGCUCUACCAUACGCCGUGGCUUGCCAGUCAAACGGCACGAUCAAAACCCGCUCAUUGCAUGCAGAAUAUUUAAUUCGCAUCGCGUCUGUCGCCCAUUCGUCGACGUCUCUUGGGCCGAGGAGUCGUUUCUUCAUCCACCAGAGACAGACCAGAGACUGUGGCGGCAGUACCACACACCAUCUCUCCCCGGAUCGACCGUCAGAGCGCACUUGUUCAAAGCGCUGCGGCCGAUGCCCUCACGGCCGUGUUUGCCCACCAAGAUGCGUCCUCAAAGGUUCCCGAUAACCAUGUCUAAUAAUCCGCUCUCGGUCAGAAUUGCCGAGCUUUUCACCAUCGAGGGCUCGUCAUGCCGGACGCCGUUACCGCCCAAUAUCCUCGCUAUGACGGUUCUCGACGCCGUCGACACUGCCCAGGCUGUGGCAUCGCAUGAGAGUCACCUCGGCUGCGUCACCCAGGAAAGUCGUACAAACAGGGCCCGCCGCGGCUGGCAUGUCGAAUAUCUGCGCCCUCGGGGUAUCGAUGAGACAGGAGCAAAAAUCCCCCGCCUCGCUCGGUCACACAGUUUCGCCGUCAUUCUCCUAGCGAGUGGCGCGCGCUGUCAUCGGACUCAACGUCGCUGUCGGCCGUCAGACGGCCUAACACAACACCUACCUACAUAUGCCGCCAGUGCCCCGCAGGCGAGGGGUAUCCCGGUCUGUCAACCCUCGCUUGCUCCGUCCCAGGUGCGACAACAGGCCAGUCUAAUAGUCUCGGUGAAGGAGGCCGGUAAAUGGAGACAUCUCGGCCCGCACGAGAUGCUUCUAGCGUCGCCGUCGCCGCCAGAUCCUUCCCUUACCCUUCACAGCAGACAGAGCCAGGCUCCUUCCCUGACCGCUACUCCGACAAGUUGGGACUCUUAGACUCGCCAUUGUCGAGUCGCACGGCGGCAUGCACGAACAAUGUAACAGGCAACGCCGACAGGUUGGUCAUGCGGUACACUUACUGAGAAAAGGGAGGAAAGGGGUCAAGAAGGGCCGGCCGAGGUGCAUGGAGAGGUCGCCGAACA